CACAACAUGUUCAUGCAUCCCACAGCAUUAUGAGCACAACUACACAACCAAUAACAAUCUUACAAAAAUGACCACAUUCUCCAACUCUUCUGCGUAUGACGCUGCAGGCAACUUACCUUCACAGGGCUUUCUUCUCUUGCCAGAGAUUCAGGCGGUGGAAUUGAUCCUUGCUCUCAUGGUUUUCCUGACCAUACAUGCUCUGAGGCAGGAGAAGAAACAUGGGUUGGCAUGUUGGCCAAUUGUUGGAAUGUUGCCUGCUCUAGUCCUUGGCGUUCGGAAAGACCUAUACGAGUGGCUUUCAGGAGUUCUCUGCCGCAUGAAUGGCACCUUUACCUUCAGAGGUCCAUGGUUCACUAAUCUCAACUGUGUGGUGACUUGUGACCCAAAGAACUUGGAGUAUCUACUGAAGGAAAGAUUCUCAAACUUCCCGAAAGGAGAAUUUUUUCGGAACACGGUACAAGAUCUUCUAGGCGACGGCAUAUUCACUGCAGAUAAUGAGAGUUGGCAGAAGCAGAGAAAGACAGCAAGACUUGAGUUCCAUUCUGCCAAAUUCCGAAACCUCACAACUGAUUCUCUGCUGGAGCUUGUCCACCAGAGGCUCUUACCUGUGCUGGAGGAGUCACUCAACCAAUCUGCUGCCCUUGAUCUGCAGGACAUUCUCCUACGGCUCACAUUUGACAAUGUCUGCAUGAUAGCUUUUGGAGUUGACCCGGGGUGUUUGCGGCCCGGUUUGCCAGAAAUUCCCUUUGCCCAAGCUUUCGAGGAUGCAACAGAGGCAACCAUAAUGCGUUUUGUCUUCCCCACAUUUAUAUGGAAGGCCAUGAGGUAUCUCGGCUUUGGGGCAGAAGGGGGACUGAAAGUAUCACUGGAAAAGGUAGACCACUUUGCAGAUGAAGUGAUCAGGAAGAGGAAGGAGGAGCUGUCUCUGGCAUUGUCAGAAGGUGCCACCAAACACAGAUCAGAUCUACUAACAGUAUUUAUGGGACUCAAGGAUGAAAAGGGCAGGCUGUUUUCAGAUAAAUAUUUGCGUGAUAUUUGUGUGAACUUCAUAUUGGCUGGUAGAGACACUUCAUCUGUAGCAUUGAGCUGGUUUUUCUGGCUCCUGAAUCAAACACCAGAGGUGGAGGAAAGAAUCAUUGCAGAAAUCUGCCAGAUUUUGAACUCAAGGGGGAAAAACCAUAUUACCAAAAAAGGGUAUGGGAAAACACCGAUCUUCGAGCCAGAGGAUAUUAAGAAAAUGGAUUAUCUUCAGGCUGCUCUGUCGGAGGCUCUGAGAUUGUACCCUUCUGUUCCUGUGGAUCACAAGGAGGUCCUUCAGGAUGAUAUCUUCCCAGAUGGGACAGUGCUAAAGAAGGGAACCAAGGUGAUAUAUGCAAUCUAUGCAAUGGGAAGAAUGGAGAGUCUGUGGGGAAAAGAUUGCAGAGAGUAUAAACCAGAGAGGUGGCUUAGAGAUGGGAGAUUCACGAGCGAGUCUGCCUACAAGUUUGCAGCGUUCAAUGGUGGCCCCAGGUUGUGUUUGGGGAAGGAUUUCGCUUACUACCAAAUGAAAUUUGCAGCUGCAUCCAUAUUGUGCCGUUAUCAUGUGACAGUGGUAAAGAAUCAUCCAGUAGUGCCAAGGAUGGCACUGACACUGUACAUGAAAUAUGGUUUGAAGGUGACA